AUGAAGAUCCUGUUGCUGCUUCCACUUCUGAUAUCGACGGUCUCUGGUCAGGGAUUCGGAAAUUUUGGUGGCGGCGGAUUCGGGGGAUUUGGAGGGGCAACUGGUGGAUUAGGAGGCCAUAGUACUGGAGGACUCGCCGGGGCAGCUGGAGGAACACUGGGUGGAGCUCUAUCCAAUGUAGCCAACGCUGCACAGGGUGUGGUGUCCAACAUAGCCAGUAUUGUGCCCAAAGUGCCACUGUUGACAAAUGUCCAAAACUUUGAUGACUUCCUGAGCCAAACUGGAAAGACAUUAUCUGCAGCGGAAAGGUCUCUGCGUGAGGGAGCUUUCACUGCCACCAAAAAUCUGGUAAAUGCCGGAAAUGAGGCUUUCGCAAAAGGACUCUCCACGUUUGAGAUGGCAGUGAAUGCCUUCGCUGAUUUGACCAAUGAAGAGUUUCUUAAGCAAAAGACAGGUCGCAAGAGGUCACCUGAAACGGACGCUAGGACAGCAUCUAGCCGAAGGUUGGCCACCGUUCCCGAAGAUAAGCCUAUUCCAGAGUCUUUCGAUUGGCGGAAGAAAGGAGGUGUUACCCCUGUCAAGAACCAGGGCACUUGUGGAUCCUGUUGGACCUUUGCCACCACAGGGGCUAUUGAAGGCCACACCUUUGCCGCAACAGGCACACUGCCCAAUCUCUCCGAGCAGAAUCUAGUUGAUUGUGGUCCAACAGAAGAUUUUUCAUUGAAUGGAUGUGAUGGUGGAUUCCAGGAGGCUGCUCUUUGUUGGAUCCAUGAAAAUCAAAUGGGUGUGCCGUUGGCCGAAAAUUAUCCGUACGUCGACAAACAGGAAUCGUGCAAAUUUGAGCCAAGUGACAUUGGCCCCCAUAUGCGUGGUUUUGGGGUCAUUCCCCCCGGAGAUGAGGAGCUGAUGAAAAAGGUGGUGGCCACUUUGGGACCUCUGGCCUGCACGGUUAGCGUUACAGACACCCUGAAGAACUACAAGAGAGGCAUCUACGAUAACGACGAAUGCAACCAGGGCGAGCUGAAUCAUGCCAUCCUGGUUGUUGGUUAUGGAUCGGAGAAUGGCUUGGAUUACUGGAUUGUCAAGAACUCGUGGGAUGAUUCAUGGGGUGAGGAGGGCUAUUUCCGCCUGCUCCGCGGCAAGAACUUCUGCCAAAUCGCAGCUGAGUGCUCCUAUCCUUUGAUAACGCACGCUUAGUCAGAUUGUUUAACUUUUAUGUUUAAAAAUGUUUUAAAUAGCCCUCUGGGUUAUAAAAUUGGAUCACUUUGAAUAAAUGCAAGUC